UGUCCCCUGUACUCUGCGCACGCGGGGACCCACACCGGCUGCCACCUGCGGGACCUGUCGGCCCUGGGCUUCUGCAACUACUUUCUGCUGAACGGAACCAGCCCCGGGGCCGCCAUCCAGUUCAUGGAUUCCAUCUGGAACACGAAGCAAAUAGAGCGACUGAACCCGCCGGACAACGUCACCGUGCACUGCAACGCGUCGCACUGCCGCGCGAGGUGGAUGAGGCCGCGGACCUGGACCGUCCUGUCCUCCAUGGACUUCCUGUACGAAGUGGACGUGCAGAGAUGGCGCGCUGACCUCGGCAGCGGGACCCCUCUGGUCCAGGUGGCCGGCGAGGAGGAGUUCGGCUUCCCCAGCCCCCAGCCCCGCGCCCGGCAGGUGCUGCGCCUCCGGCUGGCGUGCACCGCCCCGCCCAGGGUUUUGAGCUCGGGCUGCUGGUCUCCCUGGGGCCGAGCUCCGCGCUCCAGCUCAGGGCUGGUUUGUGUGCGGCGCCUCCUUGGACUCUCGGGAGCCACCGGCCCGGUGCCAUCUCCGUGGCCCUGGCCACAGCACCCCGUUCUCCCCACAGGCUCUGACGCCCAGGACGCCCCAACCCUGCGCCUGUACGUCCUGGUGGUGCUGCUCACCCUCGUGUGCACCCUGCUCCUGGGCUUUCUCUUCACAAGGUUUAUUUGGAUCCACGGUCUGUGCCCCCCCGGGCCCAAGAUCAAAAUGAUGGAUGUGGAUAAAGUGAAUCAAGAGGUGCCCUGGGAGGACAACGCCCCGAGUGUUGAGAAAGGAGAGCAAGAGGAGGUGCUGACAGUGGAGGAGGUGUCGUGAGCCUGGCACAACCGGCGGCGGCGGCGGCGAGGAGCUUCCGUCUGCGCCACACACACUGCGGCGGGGGCGGGGCUUCGGGGCUUCGGUGUUCGCAGCGUUUGUGUUUUUUUUUAAAUAUUCUUUCGCAAAUGUGCCCGUGGCCUCCUGGACCCUGCUGUCGCCACAGCCCCGUCCUCUCUGGUUGUUUUUCUCUUUCUGCCUUGGAGCAGGGGCCUUGGACCGAGCGCCCGCAAACCCUGCUCCCCGAUCAACCCUCUGUCCUCACUGGUCGCCUUUCGUUGUUUUGUCUCCGUGACACCCGGCCGCCCGUCGUGUGUUCCGUGGCCGCUCAGGGAGGACCACAGGCGACCAGGGGUGCGGUGCCUGCCCUGUCGGCCUCCACCAACCAGAUGAUGUGGACGCACGGGGCCGGGGACGUUGUUUACUCAACCGCGCCGCAGAAGGGGCCGCGUCGUGCGGGCCGGGCAGCUGCAGGAGGGGACGGGGUCGAGGACAAAGCCCGUGUCGCUCGGCGAGGAGUCACAGGA